AUGGAUUUAAAAUUAUCUUUCGGAGCGGUUUUAUGGCUUGUUUGCAUCGUGCUUGACGUUGCGAAUCUCACCAGUGCUCAGUACGCCGGUUGUGACUAUGCGCUCGAUGUCACCAGCGGACAGUCGUUCUCGAUCUACUCGCCGUACUACGGUGGAUUCUAUCCGGCUUAUACGCAAUGCCGAUGGACGCUGAGCACAACCCAAGGCUCACGGAUUGCUCUCGCUUGCAGUGACGUUUCCUUGCCAAUGAGCACCUCUUGCAACACCGAUCGACUGGUGGUGUCGAAGACGGGACAAAGCAGUCUCUCCGACGGACAGGCCUACUGUGGCACUGGUGUGCUCAACACCGAGUCUACCUCGAACAGGCUGGUCGUCGCCUUACAGAUUCCCGGAGCAACGCAAGGUGGACGAUUCUAUUGCACCGCCACCAAGAUCGAGUGCCAGUGUGGAUUGCGUCGAACGCGCAAGAUCGUCAACGGAGAGGAGACGCUGGUCAACGAGUUCCCUAUGAUGGCCGCCCUGGUAGAUGGGUCGAUGAGUGGUGAAGGAAUCUUCUGCGGUGCGACGAUCAUAACGAACUACCACGCGGUCACGGCUGCUCACUGCUAUAUGGGAAGAUCACUCCCCAACCUGGCGCUGCUCGUGGGAGAACACGACAUCAAGACGGGAUCGGAAACACCCUACACUGCUCUACUACUGCUCGCCUCCAUUAAGAUUCACGAGGGCUACAAUUCAGCUGCCACCAGCAGCAGCAACGACAUCGCGAUCGUACGAACUCGCUCAGAGAUACUGUUCAACACGGGUGUUGGACCGGCAUGUCUUCCGCUCAAAUUCACUGGUGCCUCUUUUGUCGGUGUUCAGCUUGAGGCUGUUGGUUGGGGUACUCUCGAUUAUGGCGCUCCCAAAUCCAACGUCCCGAUGAAGGUGGGACUGACGGUCGUCAACCCAACGCAGUGUACUUCGCUUUACCCAAGUUACUCGCCCACGCAACAGUUGUGUACGCUCACUCCCAACAAGGACACCUGUCAGAGUGACUCGGGAGGUCCGAUGUUCUACACCGAUGCGUACAACCAACGAGCAUACCUUCUCGGAACGAUUGGAUACGGGAUCGCGUGCGCAACAAGUGCACCGAGUGUCAGCACAAACGUCCUUUACUACACGCAGUGGAUCAUGAACAACACACCCGAAUGGAACUACUGUUAUCAAUAA